UCAACUGCCGUUGACCGCGCCCUCAACCCAAUACCGAACCAUCAGCACCGCUGAGUCGGGGGGGAGUGAUGAUUCUGCUGCUGUCUUCAAUGCGGUGGAGGAAGACAACUAUUGUCUAAUGCGGGGAUUCCGGGGGUUCAUAACUGCAUGUCUUUCCAGAAGACGAAGAAGUCUGCAGCGUUUCACCUACAUGCUCUAUUUUAAAUAUUCAAAACCUCUGGAAUUCUGCCGCGAACUCCGGGAUAAUUCUAACAAACCACGUUGUCUGUGUAUCGGGUGUUGGAGUACAGAAUAAUGGCCAGAGCAGUGGGACACUAAGGAAGAUGGGGCCUGUACCUGUUUCUGCUUGGCUCUGUGCCUAGCUAACUCCUGGAGGCCGGACCGGACUGGACUGCUGCUGGAAGGAGGCGAGGGUAUUUGGUUGAUAAGGAAGGGGAAGAGAAACAGAAAAGCCUUGAAUGACUUUUGUCGUUUGUCCUGUUUGUGACCCCAUCGCCCAAGCUCACUUCAACAUUCUGCAGCAAUCCCCUCCUCACUUGGUUUUGUAAAUGUGCUAGUUCCUGGACUCCGAAACAUAGGCAACAGUAUGUUCUACUUCCUAGAUUCCUAAACAUAUGGAUUCUACCAUGUUUCCAGAACAUUUUCUGUAGCCUGUUCUCUGGAGAAUAACUGACGCAAUUCCACAUUUGGGGAAUUUAUUCCCUGUUUUUAUUCAACUCAAUGGAGAGGCUAAGAAGAUAAUCAGAACAGAGAGGCAAAGCUGAAGAGACAUUGGAAUCGUAUUAUUUCUGUAAACUUUAGGGAAAACACAACAACAGUGUAGACUGGAGAUCAUUUCUGCCUCUCUCAGCGGUGGUGGAUUUAAAUCAACAAGACCUAGUUGGAGGGAUUAGGGCCAGAAGUGGAAGAUGAUAAGUAGCAAGGUGCUAUGUGAAGGCCGGGCCGUGUGGCCCCUGGUAUUGACUGGGCUGUUGUUGACAGUCAUGGCCACGGCCUUGGAGUACGAGGGAGUCCCUGGCCAGUGGGCGCGGUACGGCCGCUGGGAGGCCAAGGUCACAGGCGAGCUGAGCUUCACUCUGAAGACUAACAUCAGCAAGGCCCUGGUGCUCUACUUGGACGACGGAGGGAACUGUGACUUCCUGGAGCUGCUGAUCACAGACGGCCGGCUGCAUCUGCGCUUCACCAUCCACUGCGCGGAGCCUGCCUCCCUACACACGGAGACCUACGUCAACGACCAGCGCUGGCACCGCGUGCUUCUCACCCGCAACUAUAGAGCGACCACCCUGGUGGUGGACAACGAGGAGAAGGUGGCCGAGGUCAAGUCCAAGAGGAGUGAGAUGGUGGUGGCCAGUGACCUUUACAUAGGCGGCAUCUCGCCAGACGUGCGCCUAUCUGCUCUCACGUCCAACACGGUCAAAUAUGAGCCACCCUUCCAGGGCCUGAUUGCCAACCUGAAGCUGGGGGAGAACCUCCCAGUGCUCCUGGAUGGCCAAAGUGUUCAGAAUGAUUUGGAAUACCUGUGUAUUAAACAGAACCCCUGCAGCAACAGAGGCCUCUGCUCCAUCCACCAGGGAGAGGUCCUCUGUGACUGCACCAACACUGGCUACAAGGGAAACUACUGCCACGAAGCUAUCCAGAAAUCAGAGGAAGCACAAGAGGAGUCAGUGGCCACCUACAAAGGCAACGAGUUUUUCAGCUAUGACCUGUCUCAGACGCCCAUCCAGAGCAGCCUGGACGAGAUUAGUCUGUCCUUCCGCACGCUGCAGAGGAACGGGCUCCUGCUCCACACCGGGAAAUCAGCUGACUACGUUAACCUAUCCCUGAGGAGUGGCGCUGUGUGGCUGGUCAUCAACCUCGGGUCCGGGGCCUUUGAGGCCCUAGUGGAGCCUGCCAACGGAAAGUUCAAUGACAACGCCUGGCACGAAGUCCGUGUCACGCGCAACCUGCGCCAGGUACUGUAG